UCCCUUUCCUCUCUCUCCCCCAGCGCCGACGCUCGAAGGCACCAAAGCUCACGCAGCGCCGCCGCUCCGCUCCUCCACCUUGAGCGCCAGCGGCAGAGGCAGCCAUGGCCGUCGGGAAGAACAAGCGCAUCUCGAAGGGGAGGAAGGGCAGCAAGAAGAAGAUCGUCGAUCCCUUCACCAAGAAGGAGUGGUACGACAUCAAGGCGCCGCUGAUCUUCUCGACCCGCAACGUCGGGAAGACCCUCGUCUCCAGGACCCAGGGCACCAAGAUUGCUUCUGAGGGUCUGAAGCACAGGGUUUUCGAGGUAUCCCUUGCUGAUCUUCAGGCUGAUGAGGAUCAGGCUUACAGGAAGAUCAGACUCCGUGCUGAGGACGUGCAAGGGAAGAACGUCCUCACAAACUUCUGGGGCAUGGAUUUCACCACCGACAAGCUCAGGUCGCUUGUCAGGAAGUGGCAGACACUCAUUGAGGCUCAUGUGGAUGUCAAGACAACGGAUAACUACAUGCUUCGCAUGUUUUGCAUCGGCUUCACCAAGAGGCGCCCAAAUCAAGUGAAGCGCACCUGCUAUGCGCAGAGCAGCCAAAUCCGUCAGAUCCGCCGCAAGAUGGUUGAGAUCAUGGUCAACCAGGCAACCAGCUGUGACCUAAAGGAGCUUGUGCAGAAGUUCAUCCCUGAGGUGAUUGGGAAGGAGAUCGAGAAGGCAACAUCGAGCAUCUUCCCCCUGCAGAGUGUGUUUGUACGCAAGGUGAAGAUCCUGAAGGCGCCGAAGUUCGACCUUGGAAAGCUCAUGGAGGUCCACGGCGACUAUAAGGAGGAUGUUGGCAUGAAGGUCGACAGGCCUGCUGAAGGAGAUGAGGCCAUCAUCCCUGGAGCGGAGGAUGUUGCUGCUGCUGCUGAGUAGAGGAUCACCUUUUGGGUGCUUCAACUUUUAGAUGUGGUUAUGGAUGAUGGUGGUUUAAACGAAAUGUUUAGUUUUAAUUUCUGCAUGAGCACAAAUAUUUUGCCUCUGUUAUGAAUUUUGAGAUUAUGCCACUGCAAGUUUGUGGCACGUUAGAAAAAUUGCUAUUGAAAAAA